AUGUCCGAGAACAUUAUGCGGAGCUUAUGGCUGGACAAGUUACCCACUACAACAACACAAAUCCUCGCACCCAUGACGGAGGAAACGCAGACAGAAAAACUCGCGGACAUUGCAGAUCGGAUCCAUGAAAGUUUUCGAAGCCGCAGGGUAAACUCUAUCCAACCACAACCAGCCCAACAAAGAGACAGGGAAUUUAACGACCUCAAGUCUACUGUAGAAAGGUUGUCUAUACAAUUACAAGGCUUACUGCAAAAAAAGACCGACAGUACCGCCGCGAUAAAUGUCCAGGCUACAGAAAGCGAAGUUUCAGCAGAGGCCGGACUGACAACCGCAAUCGAAAAGAUGAAAUUUGUUACUACCACAAAAGGUUUGGUCCUGAGGCGAGACGUUGUACACAUCCUUGUUCUUUCAACAACGCGAAUGCGGGAAACGGAAAUUCCAGCCAGUAGAGACGACGGCUGUUGCUGGAUUUUAACAAAAGGUCGUCUGUUUUAUAUCCGCGACAAAAUUAAUGGAUAUAACCUUUUAAUAGACACCGGAGCUGAAAUAAGCGUGAUACCACCAACACAAAAUCAGGAGACUAUGCCACAGUCUUAUCAUCUUCAAGCAGCUAACGAUACCAAAAUACCAACUUACGGAGAGAAAUCGCUCAAUAUCAAUCUCGGCAUGCGACGGAAUUUUUUCUGGAAUUUUACCAUAGCCAGUGUAACAACGCCUAUAUUGGGGCAGAUUUUUAGCCAGAUUCAACCUGUCUGUCGACAUGACUAA